UUUCCCCUUUGUUGCCUAUUAAAAAGCACUUUAUGACUUAAAUCCAUUUUUUUAUUUUCUCUUUUAGAAUUCAUGUAAAAGAGAGAGAGAGGGUGAGAGAGUUGUAUUUACCAGACUCGUUUCACUGCUUCCAAUCUCUCCUCAGCCUCAAUAAACAAACCACCGAAUCGCACGUGGGAACAUGUCAAGGAACAAGAAAUUACCAAAUGACAGGCUGCCAAUACCAACCCCGAAUUGUUAAAAGAGGGGAUAACGUAAUGCAGCGACAAACCCUGUACCCACCCAUAAAUCCCCGUUUUAGGUAAACAGAAAAGAAAAAAAAAACCCAGCAAGAGAGAGAGAAAAGAGAGAUUUUCAUUUUUCAGAUACGUUUCUUUUUUGUUGGUUUGUUUGAUUUCGGAGGGAUAGUGAACAAGAAAUGUGGGAAUCGAUCUGUUUAACAUUGGCAGCCACGGCGGGUAAUAACAUAGGCAAAGUCCUACAAAAGAAGGGCACUGUUAUUCUCCCUCCUCUGUCCUUCAAGCUCAAGGUGAUAAGAGCAUAUGCUGUAAAUAAAUCAUGGGUGAUAGGAUUUCUAAUGGAUAUUUGCGGUGCCUUGUUGAUGUUGAGAGCGUUAUCUCUGGCCCCGGUAUCUGUCAUUCAACCAGUUUCUGGCUGUGGGCUUGCCAUUCUUUCUAUCUUUUCGCACUUCUAUCUACAGGAAGUCAUGAAUGUUAUUGACUGGAUGGGAAUUACAUUAGCUGGCAUUGGCACCAUAGGAGUUGGUGCUGGUGGAGAGGAGCAAGAGGCUUCUUCAGUAUCUAUGUUACAGUUACCAUGGUUGGCAUUCUUUGUCGUGAUCUUGUUUGUACUCCUAAAUGGAUGGCUUCGCAUCUGCAAGCGGCAACGGAGAGAACAAGAACUGAUGGAGUAUGAAGUUGUUGAAGAAAUUAUAUAUGGCUUAGAAUCAGGAAUUUUAUUUGGGAUGGCAUCAGUGAUAUCAAAGAUGGGUUUUGUCUUUGUGGAGCAGGGUUUCUCCAGGAUGUUGAUUCCUCUAUGUGUCUCAAUCAGCAUAUGUUGUAGUGGUACUGGAUUUUACUACCAGACUCGUGGCCUAAAGCAUGGCAGAGCAAUUGUGAUUUCCACGUGUGCUGCUGUGGCAUCAAUUGUGACUGGUGUACUUGCUGGUAUGCUUGCAUUGGGUGAACGGUUGCCUUCAGCACCAGUUGCUCGUAUUUCACUUCUGCUUGGAUGGUUAUUCAUCAUGAUGGGUGUGAUUUUGCUUGUGAGUUCAACAAGACUGAUGCGGCACCUUCCAUGGCCAUUGCAGAACUUAAUACCUAGUGGAGUGGACAGGAAUUUCAAUCUCAGGCGGUCAGGGUCUUAUCGAGUCAAGGAUCCAAGUCCAAGUGCUGUUAUCCAGGCAGCAACAUUGCAUCAUCUGAUACCAACACCAGCUAAGGAGAAGGCGUAAAUUAAGAAAACAAAAGAUCACUGCACAUGCAUAUGUGAUUAUCAAUCUCUGAUCAUAUUUUGGGUCUGGAUGGGGUUGCGAUGUACAGUACAUUCAAUUUGAUUACUGGUUUAUUUGGAGGGCAUGAAAUUUUUAAUAUCAGUCCUUCACAGAGCUGCGUUUUACAUCAAAUUGUGAAAUUUGUGAACUAAAACUAUUUUAAAAUGACCCUAACAUACAGUAUGCAAAUUGAAUCCAUUGCUGCCUUUGUUUCUUGCAAAAACCUUGAAUGAGCAACCUGAGGAUAAAUAGCCUCGGAAUCACCGAGAGACCAAAAAGGUCCGCACUUUAGCCCAACUCAGGUUUUUCGAGAAACAAAUUCAAGGAGUGCUCUCUCCAUGGUGACUGGUCAGUAGACGUCCGUAGCUCAUUUGUGACCUUCAGUCGUUUGUGGGGUUCAGUGUUACUUGAUGAACGGUUAUGAUCAGAUGAGCGGGAAGCAGUGAGCAAUCAUGGCAUUUUCUGUUGUUUGCUAAUUGUUAAGCAUCGAAUAAUUCCCCCUCCAUCCGCCCAACAUGCGCACUAGGGAACAGGAGGAAGAGCCAAGAACCUUGUAAAGACUUACGGUGUGCGAAGCAUAUACACCUUGGCGAUUGGUGAUUCUUCUCUAUUUCACCUACCAUUACAC